AUGGCUGCCCAAAUGAUCCGCAAAAAUAACGUGAAGGUCAUUCAAGUUGUGCGCGACCCGCGAGGUAUGUCCUCGUCACGCGCGCGCUUUCAAAUAUACAAGAAAUACAAGAACACUCCGAGCCGGGAUGAAAUGCUAGACAAGUUGGACGACAUUGUGCGGAAUUACUGUGCAUGGAUGGAGACAAACUACGUAUCCGUCAUGCACGGACCGGAGUGGUUGAGAAACAACUACAAAAUCGUACGCUUUGAAGAUCUCGUGGCCAGACCCGCAGAGAGUGCGGCAGCUCUGUACAAAUUUGUAGGAUUGCCGAUCACUGACAAAGUCCGGCAAAAAAUACGCACGUUGGAAGAGGAAAAGCCGAUGGACGCUGAAGCUUGGAGGUUCAAAACCGGAAUGGAACUAGCAAGACGGGCCCAGGAAAUGUGCUCUCCUACGGUCUACGAUAUGUUUGGAUAUCGCAUGAUAAACAGAGGCGGUAUACUGAUGAAUAAGAACUUUUCUUUAGUCGGCGACCUCCCUCGAAGUAGCAUGUUUCUGUUGGACAACAUUUGA